AUGUCCGAUCCCACCCUCUAUCUCUACACCUCCCUGACUGCGGGGUCGUCCCACAUCGUCACCGCAACGGCACGCCUGGAGACAAUUCUCAAAGCCAACAAGCUCCCCUUCCGCGCAAUCGAUGUGGCCACGGACGAAGUAGCCAGGAAGCUCUGGGGCCGUCGCUCCAAGGGCAAGAAACUUCCUGGCUUGGUGAAAUUCGGCACUGUUGUCGGAGACUUGGAGCAAGUUGAAGAAUGGAAUGAGUAUGGUGAGCUGAGGAUGCAGGUUAACAGUGUCGAAGACAUCGACAGUAUUCCCGCAACUAGUACUCCGAUUGCACCCCCCUCGGCCGCAUCUACCCCCACCCCCGAACCCACUACCCUCAAACAGAGCACAAUCAAGAUUCAAAGCCCCCCGUCCAAAGAGACCCCGAAAGACACUGCUAUCACGGCUGCUAUGCGCCAGGCUAGUGGGGAGGCCGCUGCCAAGGCUAAGGGUAGCGGCACUCAACCUGCCCCGGCUAAGGAACCUGCCCCAGCAAAGGAACCUGCCCUGGCAGUUACAGAACAAAAGGAGACCCCGAAAGAGACCCCUGCGGCUGGCGAGCAGUCCCAAGCAGGCAAGGAAGAUACUGUACGUGGGAACGAGGCUGCUCCCGAUACUCAGGCUAGCAAGCCUAAGCGGCCGCCUCUCGUGCCCGAGGUAGCUGCAGAGUCGUCUGCUAAUUUUCAUGCUGAUGCUGCUGAAGCUUUAGGAAUGGUUCAGCACCACCGUGGCUCCAUCAUCUCCGCCACCUCCAAAGAAGAACAAGAAAAAGUUGCACAGGACUUGCGGAAGUCUAUUUCCGGGGGUCAACAGGAUCUUCUCAAGUCCUUGAGGGAGGAUAAUGCGGCGCGGACAGAUCAGGAGCAGACGAUCGAAGAAGAGUAGGAAUGGUGGUGAAACCCAGGAUGGGACCCCGGUCGACAGAAAGCGCGGGCUGCCAAAGUCAACGGCCGGGGUUUUGCGGUUGCAUUCAUUUUGAGACGACGAAUACGACUCAGCGUCCUAGUUUCGGUUAUCGCGAGACUCUUACCGUUUAUCUUCGUUCCCUGUAAAGAUACCAGCUUUCACUGUUGCUUGCUUGCUUGCUGUUUAUUUCUUUCUUUGUAACUUGCAUUCAAUGCUGUAUAUGUUCGAACUGGACUCAUUUCCCAUUACAUACAUAGUUGAUGAUCCCACUGUUUACCUACUCUAUCCGAUCCGUAUACCCAACCCAUAACCUUCUAAAUAUGCCUGAACGCGCAUCU